AUGGCACCAAAUCCAGACAAUAGUCAUGUCACAGUGAUAGCUACAAGCUCAGAAAAUGAAGCUGUACAAAAUUCUGACAAUUUUCUGUCUCUCAAAUGGGCCAUUGGUGAGAAGUGGUUCUGCCGUUCGAACUAUUUCGGGACCCUUCUUUUCAAUAUCGGUGCAUUCAUUCUCCCAGCAUUGUACAGCACGCUUGUCAAGAUCUGGGUUGCCAACAUUGACACCUCCCUCGUCGUUACAACCGACGUCUAUACAUACAUUGGUACCGUUGCAGAGGUAUUAAACGAAGGCCUUCCUCGCGCUGUGUGGGUGACCAUUGCAGAUAAAGACGCACGAUCAUACGAGUCCCGCUUGGGGCUUGCACAUACUCUAAUAAUAUUCCAGGCCAUCCUUGGAACAAUCAUGAGUCUUGUAUUUGCAGGUGCAGCAGAGGCACUUUCAGCAACGUUCGUUCCACACGCUGUCCAGGAGGCUAGUUUCACAUAUGUCCGGAUUAGUGCCUUCUCGGCUUUGAGUUCUGCUCUUGAAAUCGCGGUUUCCAGCGCCACAAGAGCCCUAGAUAAGCCAGAUGUACCCCUUCUGAUCAGUUCUGUCAAAGUGGUCGUGAAUAUCAUCCUCGACCUCAUGAUUAUCUCCAAAUUCCAUAUCGGCGGCUGGACCCCAGACAUCAACAUGCAAGCCGGGAUUCGUCUAAGUUGUGAUAUGGCCGCGGCAGUCUCUGGGCUACUAUACUUCUCCAUUUCAACCAGUACUGGGAGAAGUCGCGGUGGCAGACACAGUCAUAGUGAACCACCCAGCUUACAGGCUUUCUUCAUACUUUUCAAGCCAGGAUUAAUUACCUUCGUUGAAUCAGCGGUUCGAAAUACAUUGUACCUUUGGCUUGUGGCUGGAGUCGUUGCCAUGUCACCGGAUUAUGCAACUGCCUGGGGCGUCUUCACAACUAUUCGGUGGGGUCUGGUGAUGGUUCCAGUUCAGGCUCUGGAGGCUACCUCGCUGGCCUUUGUAGGGCACUAUUGGGGAGAGUUGAAGCAUGUGAGUAACCAAGAACGUCGGUCUUGGAAGAGCCUCUACGUGACCACACGACCCGCGAUUCUCUCUGUGGCGAUAGCCACGGCCAUUGAAAUCCCUCUCUUUAUAUUCCUGGCAACGCUCGGCUGCAAACCUUUUGCAUUAUUUCUGUCCCAGUCAGAAGUUGUUGCUGAGAUCACUACACACAUGUGGCGAACAAUAGAUUGGUGCUAUAUACUAUAUGCCAUAUCUACACAGCUCGCAACCAUAUUGUUAGCUACUCGGCCAUUAUGGUACCUGGGACAGUCCCUUAUUUCGAACAUCUUCUAUGUACUCCCUUGGGCCAUUGUUUGUCAGGUGGUCGAUCUCAGUCCGGCAAAUGCGUGGACCUACCAUAGCCUGGUUUUCGGAGGAAGCUUGGUGUUCUCCUUUGUGGAGAUUUUUUUUAUCAAUACGUUAUGGGCUUGGAGACUCUUAUGUGGAAGGCUGCAUACCGGUUCUGUUUGA